AUUCCGCAUAGUUGCCUUUUACUUGUAAGGUCUCGGACGCAUAUUUGGCGAAGCAGGUUCCUAAGCUCUGUUAAUAAGAUACACAAGAAUUAUAGCUCGCCGAAUCUCAUAUAUUAUCAUCUCUCUUCCAUAACUGAAAGUGAAAGUUUUUCAUUCAAUACAAAAGCCGUAAUGGUGGUAGUGAAUUCGAAAUUGUUUCGCCCUACUUGAUCGCCCGCGGUAGCGUUUCUCCAUCACCUGAGGUGCAUGUAAGAAGACCUCGUAUUGGCUUGGCUGCGAGUAAGGCUACCUGCCAUUGGCCGAGACACCGAUGGAUAAGGUACAGUGGCCUUGUGAGCAACCACCUAAGAAUUAACCCGUAGUCUGGGACAAAUUCCUGUUCCAGAAAUCACAGAGAAGAUCUUUCAUUCACAAACAGUUCUUGUAUUUUUUCAAUGUGAGGUGAAAAAGCUGUCAUAACUAUCAAGCUGUGUAGGCAAACUUAUGUGACUCGAGGUUUGAGUCAGUAAAAGAAGAGCUCGACGUAUGGCAACAUUGUAGGCGGAUCUGAAGAGCAAAGGGCCUUGGAGUUGGAAGAGAUUUCUUAGUAGAAGCGCUCGCUGUGAUCGUAACGGGGAUCUCUCAAAAGUUUUCUAGUGAGGAAACUGCUCAUGUUUUUGUGAGAUUUAUAGCAUUCGUGUCAUAUAACAGAAGCGAAUAGUGAGGAUUAACGUUAAUCAUUGCUGGAAACAGAAAGGAGAAACCAGAAAAGUAAUAUUAAAGAGAAAUUAACAAGUUACGUGUGCGAAUGAAAUAAUUCCGGAAAUGGAGUGUUAAUCUGUGUUGCUUUGGAAUCAUUCAGUUAAGUCGUGCAAUAUUUAAGGGAAAAAUGACGUCGAUAAGCUCGACCCUUGUGCUGUGAAAAUGAAAUGAAAAGUAAUACGGUUACUGUUGUGAUGGUUUCAACGCAUCAGAGGAUGAACCUGUCUGAGUGAAUGAAAGUUUUAGGCGUCAUGGAUAUUGCCCAAGCCUUCAUUCUCUGUAUCAUUUUCGUCCCCAUCAAAGGAAUCUUCGGCGCGAACGCGCCUCCUUCCUUGGACUCCGAGAAGCACUGGGUGCUGUACGAAAACGAUGAAAUUGGCCACACGGUGACGACGCUCAAGGCCAGAGAUUCUGAGCAAGAUCCGGUGUAUUUCACCCUCGAGUCCAAGAGCCCAGGGCAAGACAUACACACGUAUUUCACGGUGGACGAGAACAACAGGGUAAAGGUCGCCAAGAACCUUACCGGAUUGGCUGUCAAUGGAAACGCCAACUACAUCCUAGUGGUACGCCUUCACGAUGGGACGACGUCGCCCAUCGUCGAAGUCCGAGUCGAAGUCAAGAAGAGUGGCAACGGGAAAAGCAGGGGCAGGCCUCCUUGGAUCACCGAGAAUUCUCCCUUCGGUAAUCUCGGCUUUCCUUCGAAUACGCCUCCUGUUAUUCCUCCACCGUGGCCCCAGCCUAGUAACCAUGCUCCGCCGUUGCUCAUUGUCAAGAACCGAGAAUGGGUCGUCUACACCGACGACGACGUCGGGCGAAUCGUCGACGUCGUCACUGUCAAAGACAUCUCGGGAGACGGGUAUAACCUGACCCUCAAUGAUCCUCAUGGUGUCCUGGAGAUCGACCUCUACGGGAAGGUUCGAGUGGCCAGACCACCUGUUCACGUGAACCAAAACUACACACUAACUGUAAAAGCCAGCAGCCGUGGUGGAAUUUCACCAGAAGACGUAUUCUUGGUGGUUUUACCUCCUAGGCCUAGUACUAGCACCAGCACCAGCACCUCCACCAUCACCAACACGGUGUCCGUGGAAUAUCCUUCAGAGACUUCCGGUACCUCCAUACCGAAGUCGAAGCCCAACAGCGACAGGAAUAACAGCCAAGACCUUCGGGUGGUCGGCGGGAACUCUGGUAGCCUCAACAACGAAGAUUACGGGUCAGUCUCAGAGGGCGCUGAAGAAGCUCCUGAGGGAGAUAUAAGUUUAACCGUCGUGCCCAUCGUGCUGAUAGCUAGUAUAUCGCCCCUGGCUUUGGCGCUUUACUUUUACUGGAGAAGGAUUCAGAGGAGGAAGGCCAGAGCUGAAGCCAAGGAGAGUGUGGUUGUGUACACUGAAAAGGCUGAGGAGGAUUCUACCUUUCAAGUUCCACCUCGAAGGAAUAAAUCAGGCAGUAGCCGUCUCACGAUGAUGGCCCUCUUCCGGAAACGAGCACAGAGCAAUAAGUAUGAAGAUGACGUCAGAACUGGGAAUGAAACAGAUAAAAGGAAACUGAGUGAAGUUGCUCCUUCCGAAAAAGAUUGCUGGGAGUUCCCUCGGCAUCACCUGAAAUUCGUAGGAAUUCUGGGAGAAGGUUGUUUCGGCCAGGUAUGGAAAUGUGAAGCUGUGGGAAUGAGUCCCAAGGGCCCCAUGCUGGUAGCAGUUAAAACCCUGAAGGAAUGUGCAGGAGAUAGAGAACGUAGAGAUCUCAUACAGGAGUUGAAGGUUCUAAAGAAUCUUGGGAAACAUAUUAAUGUGGUCUCACUUUUGGGCUGCUGCUCAGAAAAAGACCCUAUUUUCAUUAUCCUGGAGUACAUGAUUGGAGGUAAACUACAGAGUUACUUAAGAGCUUCAAGAGCUGAUGCUAGUUAUAAUAACUUACAUGGAGCGUCGUCCUCCCUAACUCCAAGGGACCUCACCCUCUUCACUUACCAGAUAGCCAGAGGAAUGGAGUUCCUAGCAAGGAAUGAUGUUAUCCAUCGGGACUUAGCUGCCCGUAAUGUGUUGGUUGGAGAAGACAAAAUCUGCAAAGUAGCUGACUUUGGCUUCGCUCGAGAUGUUGCCAACAAUCACAUAUAUGCCCGUAAAAGUGAUGGCAGGUUACCCAUAAGAUGGAUGGCUCCUGAGUCACUCUUUGACAAUAUCUUCACAACAAAAUCAGAUGUAUGGAGCUUUGGAGUUCUGCUUUGGGAGAUUGUGACCCUAGGUUCAACUCCCUAUCCUGGUUUAGGAGCUGCUGAGGUAAUGAAGAGAGUUAAAGAAGGUUAUCGGCUGGAGAAACCGGAUCACUGUAGAAGAGAGAUUUACAACAUCAUGUAUUACUGUUGGGAUAAGGAUCCAAAGGAGAGACCAUGUUUCACUGAGCUAGUCCACACACUCGAGGGUCUUCUCCUUUCAGAGGUGGAGUAUAUUGAACUGGAUCGCUUCCCUGACCACAGUUACUACAAUGUUGUCACAGAGAAGAGUGAUGAGCUUCUGUAGGUGAUCAGGAACUUCCCAGUGGAGGACUAUCUUAAACUGGAUGAAUCUUCAAGUGGAAGACUUGUCUUAAACUGAAUGAACUUUCUAACAGAGGACUGGUCUUAAACUGCAUGAGUUCCUCAGUGGGAAACAAAUGCUGAACUGGUCUCAUUUUAAAUGUGCUUUUGGUGCCAACUUAUGAACACCUUAUUGUACAUAGUGUGACUCAACUUUGUAGCAUAGCAUACAUUCAUUCUGAACCUCAGUUAUACAAGUAUGGGAAGUCUCAAGUGACAUAUUACAUCAUGAAGAAAAUGUUGAUGUUCCCAUAGUUAUAGUUAUAUGUACUAUUUACUUAUAAUCAAGAUUCUCCAGUUGUGUGACAUACAUGCAAGAUUGAUAAAGGUUGAAAAGUAAGUGCAAUUUCUCUCUCCAGUGGUUGUGAACCAACAUGGUGAGUAUAACAGUGAAAUUUAGCUGCAGUACUGUACAGCUGGUUGCAUUUAUAAUAGAUAUAACUGUAAAUAUCCCCAAUUUAAAUCUGACGUACAGUGCUAGUAUUCAGAGAACCUUCUCGUAAAAUACUGAAAUUUAUGUUACCAAUAUUAAGCAGCGAGUGAAAGUGGAUUCAUGGUUGUGAGGUGUGUGUGUAUAAUCAACUGUCUAUGAAGACAUUUUUCAUGCUCAAAUAUUUAAUCUAAUUAAUGUGGUUUAAGUCAUGAUGCAAUGUUGUUUUAUGCAAUUAAUGUUCCUUGUUUGUGGGUAUUCUAGUUUUCUAGAGCAGUCUUUUAUUUUGUGUCGUCAUUAAGCAUUUUCCAUCAGUUAUGAGAUCUCUCUUUGAUUACUGAUGGUGAUAUUUUCCUUUUGUAUACAUUCCAUUAUUAUUUUUGACAGCUAAAAGUUUUCUCACUUAGCAUUAUGUAUAUACUGUUAAUUUUAUAGAUUUUAAAGAUCUAUAUAGAGAUUAUUAAAGUAUAUUUAAUGUUGUACUCAAAGUUUUUUACAGUUAAUUUACUUUUGAAAUAUUUUGGCUUUAAUUUAUGUUACAUCUACCUGUAAACAGAAUUCCGUACAUCAAUAAUUCAAGGGUUAAUGUAAGGAAAGUCUAUUUCUUAUAUGAAGCUUGGUUUGAUAAGUUUAUAUGAUGUUUUACUAGUGUUUUUAGGAAACAUACAGGUUUUUCAUUUAUAUAUUCUGAACUAAACAAGACCCAGCUUUAAUAUACGUACAUGUAUUUAGAAUUUUGAACAAGGAUAUGCAAAAGAAAGCCCCAAAACUUGCCUUUUGCCACCAAAAACAUUUUACAUGGAAAAAAAUGAAAUACAGUAUGAGCUAGUCUGAAUGCAAGUCAUAAAUUUUAAAAAACUGAAAUAUUGUAAAUAAUUACAGCAAGUUUUGGAAAAUUAAUAGUACAUCUUUAUGUACAUCAUUUCAAGACCAUUUCUGCUAUCGCUAGUCAUUGCCAGUUCACCUAUCUAUUUUUCUGGUUGGUCCUCAUCAGGCCUAUUUUUAUACUUUUAUACUUUACCACAAGUACAGGCAGCCCUAGGGCAAAGCAGGAUAACUUUAAAUAGACUAACCAGUUAUUUCUGUUGACUUUCUUUUUGAAAGACUAUAUUUUAUUUCCUUUGGUACAACUUGUCUGUUAUAUCAGUUUAGUGUUCAUUUGGAGGCGAGUUUCCACUGAUCCAAGGCCUGAUGAGUAAAUUAUGUACUUGGUACCCAAAGACUGUGGUAACUACAACCGAGGUGAAAAGUGGCAUGGGGCAAGCAACCUUGUUACAAAAGUAUGCUAAAAACUGGAAGGCUUUACCGUCUGGUGCCAACUCUGUCAGAGGGAAAAGGCAUAGUAUACAAUAGUUAAAAUAAAUGUACAAUAUAUGUAUAUGUAUGUACUAAUAUACAUACAUUUAUACUGAAACAAUGUUUUCAACUAGGGUUGCUACCUGCUCUGUAAAAUACAGAUUCAUUCUGUAUUGGAGAGUUUGUUUGUAUGGUGUUUUUACAUUGCAUGGAACCAGAGGUUAUUCAGCAACGGGACCAAUGGCUUUACGUGAUUUCCAAACCACGUCGAGAGUGAACUUCUAUCACCAGAAACACACAUCUCUCACUCCUCAAUGGAAUGGCCGAGAAUCGAACUCGCGACCACCGAGGCGCGUGAGAUGUUGUAUUCUGUAUUGAACCCUAUUUGUUCUGUGUUUAGCUGUCUGAACAUCAUUAUUACAUGAGCGUAUGUUUCAGUCAAUCUUGCGACACUGAAAGAAUAUAAUAAACUUGAUGGUAUACAUAUGCAAACACACACACGCACACACACACACACACACACACAUAUAUAUAUAUAUAUA